AUGAUUCACGUCAUCCUGAGGAAGAAGCUCAGCUACUGUGUCCUGGCCUUUUUUCUGUUUGCGAUCAUCUGCGUGUGGAAGGAAAGGAGGAAAGGGAGUUACUAUGAAGACAUUAAAUUGGAAACAGAGGAAUUCCAGGUGGUGACAAGUGGAGAGAGACUGGCCAAGGGGUCUGGGUCACAGUCAUCUGUCAGCACCCAGGACAAGAACAGCCAGACCGUCGGCAGUGCCAGGAGCUCAGCCAAGGCCAAGGUGGAGGCUUCCUUCCAGGUGUGGAACAAGGACAGCUCUUCCAAAAACCUCCCCUCCAGACUGCAGAGUAUCCGGAGAAAUUACCUGAACAUGAAUAAAUACAAAGUUUCCUAUAAGGGGCCAGGGCCUGGUGUCAAGAUGAGUGCAGAGGCCCUGCGCUGCCACCUCCGGGACCGCGUGAAUGUAUCCAUGGUGGAGCCCACGGAUUUUCCCUUCAACACCUCUGAAUGGGAGGGCUUCCUGCCCAAGGAGAACUUUAGGACCAAGGCUGGGCCAUGGGGCCGGUGUGCUGUUGUCUCUUCAGCUGGAUCUCUGAAGUCUUCCCAGCUUGGCCAAGAAAUAGAUGAUCAUGAUGCCAUCCUGAGGUUUAAUGCAGCACCCACAGCCAGCUUCCAAAAAGAUGUGGGGACGAAAACCACCAUUCGUCUGAUAAACUCUCAGUUGGUCACCACUGAUGGGCGCUUCCUCAGAGACAGUCUAUACAGUGAAGGAAUCCUGAUUGUGUGGGACCCAUCUAUAUAUCAUUCAGACAUCCCAAAGUGGUACCAGCAUCCCGACUACAACUUUUUUAAAAAUUUCAAGAGCUAUCGUAAGAUGCAUCCCGAUCAGCCCUUCUACAUCCUCAGGCCCCAGAUGCCUUGGGAGCUUUGGGAAAUCCUUCAGGAAAUCUCCCCAGAGGCGAUUCAGCCAAACCCCCCAUCCUCUGGGAUGCUGGGCAUCAUGAUCAUGAUGACACUGUGUGACCAGGUGGACAUUUAUGAGUUCCUGCCAUCCAAGCGCAAGACCGACGUGUGCUACUACUACCAGAAGUUUUUUGACAGCGCCUGCACCAUGGGCGCCUACCAUCCGCUCCUCUUUGAGAAGAACAUGGUGAAGCACCUGAACCAGGGCACAGACGAGGACAUUUACCUGCAUGGAAAAGCCACACUGCCUGGCUUGCGGACCAUUCACUGUUGA